AGUAAAAAGCCCAUACCAGAGCAAUCAUUGCUAUUUUCCUUUAUAUAAGAUUUUUGGAGCUAAAUAAGAGUAUAAAAGGGGAGUAGUUUCUAGUAAUUUGAUUACCAAUUGAUAUGUUACGAAUGGCUAACUGAUAAUCAAUCAGAAUAUAUCAACCAUGUUUAAACCAAUUUCACAAACAAGUGCAUUAAAGACCGUAAGUCAAAUUACCGUUCAUUCUCAAUCCUUAACCACGAAAGUCGCUACCAAACCUAAUGCGAAAAUUAUUACCAAUUCAAUUAGAUCAUAUUCAAUAUUAGAUAAUGCAAAAAUUGCUAUGGAUAAAUUGAAUAAGGGAGCUGGUAAAGUUGCGGCUGAUGGAUUAGGAUUUGCCGAACAAGCUACUAAGACUGCAAAAUCAGGUGUACAUGAAAUCAACAAGAAGACAGUUGAAACUCUUGAUACCGUUAAUAAAUCUACGGGGAAAGUUCUAGCUGAUGGAAUGGACGCUGUAGAACAAGCUGGCGAGAAAGCUAAGGCCGCUAAGGACGAGGCUCUUCUUACUAAGGAUCAACUUGAAGCUAAAAAGAGAGUCAGAGAACAUCAUAAGGGGUAUAAGGAUUUGCAAGAUAAAGGUAGCAAGACCGAGAGUGAACAAAAUCGCCCUGAUGAUGCCGUUUGAACGCUGCUUAUUUAAAUAAUAUAUAUAAAUAUAUAUAUGUGAGAUUUACAAUAUAUG